GAUAGGACUAUCGACAACGAAAAGGGAAAUCAAGAAACUGAGUGCAGGUGUUCCAAUUUAAAUAAAAUUCGAAUUGAUUCAAUAAAAAUCGUAAAAAUCAAUAUAGCAUUACCAAAAAGGAGCGGUCCCAAGACGAAAUGGCUUUAAUGGACAUAGAGUUAAAGAAGGCUUUCACUGAGAUGCAGAUCAACAAACUGGAAACCACUAAAAAAAUCAACAUGAUUGACAUGAAGUGCGACAUGGUCAAAAAGGGGAAACACAAGUACCUGCUUACUGAGAGGGGUACCAGCGGCCUAUCCGACCACACAAGAGUUUACCAGUCCGUUGGCCGCAUGUUUCUGCUGACAGAUGUGCAGAACAUGCGCGAAGACCUAAAGUCCAAACAAGAGAAGUGCGACAAGGCGAUAGAACUACUUGAAAAAAAGAAGGAGUUCCUACAAAAGUCUCUCAAGGAUCAAGAGGACGGUCUGCGCGAACUGGUGCAGCAGCGUAAGGAGGCCGACCUGGCUGCGAAAUAGAAACAUUUAUACCUCAAUGUAAUGGAUUAUUUAUUUUCAAUAUAUUCGUCUAAAUUGAAA